AUGAAUACUGCGCAAGACAACAAAACGCACUCUAUUACCAUGAAGUGGUCUCAUUUGACCAUCAUUGGCCUUGUGGCUAUUGGUAAUACUCAGCCGCUCACCAAUCCCUACUCCAAAUGGUCGCAAGCAGCGUCCAUCCAAGGACUCGUCGUUGAUCUUGGCUACGGGCGCUUUGGAGGCAAACAAGACUCCAGUCUGAACGCCUGGCUAGGGCUUCGUUAUGCGGCUUCCACCGCAGGAAUCAGGCGAUUCCAAGCACCUCAAGUUCCCGACGGGAACGACACCAGGACUGCAUCGGCGACUGACUGGCCAGUGCAAUGUACCCAAGGAAGUGGCAGUGGCUCGGAGGACUGUCUGUUUCUUAAUGUCCACGCUCCACAAAAUGCUUCCAACCUGCCAGUAUUCGUGUUUAUUCAUGGUGGCGGCUACAACCAAGGAUCGGCAGCAUUCAAUCCAACAGGUUUUAUUGAGGACAAUAACAAUGGAUUCGUGACUGUCUUCAUACAGUACAGACUUGGUGUCUUUGGAUUUCUCUCGUCUGAGGAAGUGAAGAAACGUGGUCAACUCAAUGCUGGUCUCUUGGACAUGGAACUUGCUUUGCAAUGGGUUCAAACCUAUAUCCACCUAUUUGGAGGGGACCCCAGGCGAGUCACUAUUGGAGGUGAGUCUGCCGGUGCCGGUGCCGUGAUGCUUCUUUCCCUAUUACGCGGUGGGCACCUUGGCGAUAGUCUCUUCACUUCGGUUAUUGGAGCUAGUCCAUAUUUGCCGAAACAGUUCAACUACGACGACGACGUAGCCAAAUCGGCUUAUGCCUAUGUGGCAAGUCUAACUGGAUGCACAGGGGCGCAGUCAGUAUUUGACUGCCUUGUGCAGGCUAACGCCACAAUCUUGAGCACAGCAGGACAAUCCUUAGACAAUUCCAGGACAUAUACCUCGUGGGGUUUCGUGCCAGUCACGGACGGUGUGAUACUUCAACAGUUACCCUCUCAACAGCUAAGACGAAAACAAGUCAACGGCAAACGUAUCUUGAUCGGGAACAACGCCAACGAGGCCCAACCUUGGUUCACACCGAACAACAUUGUCACGUCGGCCGACUCCGAGAACUUUUUCCGGGAUGUCUUUCCCCUAUUCUCGGACUCGGACUUUUCAAAGCUCAAGGAGGUGUAUCCCUCCAGCGGCGACACCAACCCUCACAUGACUAACUACUCCACUCUUGGAUACACGGGACCGACGGCCUUGACGAUGAGCGGUUGGGCUAAUGGAGAGCAACAGCGCGUAAACAACCUGCAAGCUGAAGUUCUGUUUGUCUGUCCCGCGUACUGGUUAGCUGCGGCGUUUCCCGAAGCCUGGAAGUACGAGUUUUCCGUCCCGCCCAGCCCCCAUGGGUACGACAUGGGAGCGUACUUUUACAGGAACGGAAACUGGCCAGCCGAGUUUGUCAUUGCUUUUGAGAGUAUAUGGGGAAAUUUCAUCGUGCACCGCGAUCCUCGCAUCUCUCAGAACCUUGCCUGCGGGACCAACUGCGACCCGCGGACCGCGGAUAUGACGCAGUGGAAGCCAUGGAACUCUGAGCAGCGGGCCCAGUUGUCAGCUAACAUGACGGGUGGAACACCGGCAUUCUAUAACGCUGCUGGCACAUUGGUGCCGUCGAUUGCUGAGCCUGGGCUAUCCAACAGCUAUACAUUGUCUGAUGGUGUAACCUGGGAAGGCGGUAGGGGCAAUCGCUGCAAGUUUUGGCAGGAAAUGGGACCGAAGAUUCCGCAGUAG